UUCACCAGCGCUGUACAGACACGGGACAGCACCGGAACGCGGCGAACUCGUCAACCGCACCGUGGAGUUUCCCCCCCCCACGUACACCGUGAGCGCGACACUCCGGCCGUCCCGGGACGGCAGGUCGCUGCUGUCGCCUCUUUUCUCUCUUCACAGCGCGUUGAAAGAGGAAAGCGGUCUCUCCCAGGAGCUUCAUGGCGAGCCGGCUGAAGCGGACCGGAAUUACGCCGUAGCGUUUAUUUGUUUCUCUUUUCUUUAAUUUGCCGCUCCCGGUGACAUGGUUUACGGCGACCCUGCUUGUGGUGCUUUUCUACCCGGAGUGGACUGCGCCGCUACAAAGUGAAACACACAGAGACAGACAGAGAGAGAGAGAGGCGCCUCGCAGUCCGUCACCGCGGUGCAAGGUGGACAUCCUGAGACAACCGAUCAGUUCUUGUCAAAAGGCAGAGGCGUGUAUCAAGUCUUUACCCUCAAUGGACCCAGACAAAUGCAGCAGCAAACUCUAAAAACUGAUGGUAGCACCUUUUUUUUUUUUUGCCUCCAACGAUCGUCCCACAAUGUUCCCAGAGAAAACUCUUGUGCUCUCUAUCUCAUAGCACUCUAGAAGUCUUCUCUGUUUUACUCAGGUCUUUUAUUCCAAUGCCUACCUCCUCCACUAAAGCACUGUAGCCAGAGACGACCUGUUUUACCUUCUAAACUCUUCAAACUGAUGAAGAGCAUUGACUUAAGACCUCAAACUUCCUGUCGUCUAUAAGCUACAAAGCAGCCAUACUGAUCACUGAGAGCUUGGUCCAGUGGAAAUUAUUCAAACUGGAAGUCGGACAAUAGCUUCUUCAGCCUCUCAUCGUUCACUUGUUGAAUCUAGCCGAAAGCUAUAUACCUCAGUUAUUAUUUUCUGGAAGAAAUUUGUGUGCAAAAACCACAAAGCGACAAUCAUUGACGGAAUUGAUCCAACAGACAGGAGUUGAUGUCCAAGCAAGGUGCAAGCUACAAAGUAGGGAAGCAGCACUUAGUGUCUUUCAUUUGCUUUGGGGAGAAAAAAAACUAUAACCAGGGAGAAAAUCAGAGUACUGCCUUGGAGAAGACAUAACUUCAUGUUUCCCAGCACAUAAACCAGAUUAUCGAAGCUAUCUAAAUACACCAGCAAAAAAACACAAGGGGCUUUCAGUGAGCGUAUUUCUACACCUGAAGCCUCCAAGCAGCAGAAGAAGGGCUUGAAAACUUCACCAGCUGUUUCUGUGCUGCAAUUGAGACACAAAGAAACUUCCUGGGAGAUCAAAUGCAAAUAAUCUUCACAGGUGGCAGAAGGGGCGCAGAAGAACUGAGCAAGUGAAGAAGGAUGUAAAUGCUCUCCGCCCGACUUGCCGUGUUCCCGUCCCACAGUUCUCGUUCACGGAUUCCUCUGGUUGGCUGUUGAGAAGGCUGCCGGCGAAUGCUGAGCAGGUCGACCUGUCUGAGGUACGCCUCCCGGCUCUACGAUUGGUCGCUGGAUGCUACUGGAGUUGAACGGCAACGAUGUUCGACAAGCAGGAGAGCAAUUCUUCAGAGAGUGAUGAGAAAGGAUGGCCAGAUGUGCCGAAGAGAAAGAGGAAAAACAGCCAGUGCUCCAUGAAGAGCAUGUCUGGGUACAUCCCCAGCUACCUGGAGAAGGACGAGCCGUGCGUGGUGUGUGGGGACAAGGCCACCGGCUACCACUACCGCUGCAUAACCUGCGAAGGCUGCAAGGGUUUCUUCCGCAGGACAAUCCAGAAAAAUCUCCAUCCUUCUUACACCUGUAAAUAUGAAGGCUGCUGCAUCAUUGACAAGAUCACCCGCAAUCAGUGCCAGCUGUGCAGAUUCAAGAAGUGCAUCUCUGUGGGCAUGGCCAUGGACUUGGUGCUGGAUGAGAGCAAGCGCGUGGCCAAGCGGCGCCUCAUCGAAGAGAACCGAGAGCGGAGGAAGCGGGAAGAGAUGGUGCGGACGCUGCAGAUGAGGCCGGAGCCAGACAGCGCAGAGUGGGAGCUGAUCAGGAUGGUGACUGAGGCUCACCGGCACACCAACGCCCAGGGCUCCAGCUGGAAACAGAAGCGCAAAUUUCUGGCGGACGACAUCGGCCACGGUCAACUGAUGCUCACCUCGGACGGAGAUAAGGUCGACCUGGAGGUCUUCAGUGAGUUCACCAAGAUCAUGACCCCUGCCAUCACCCGCGUUGUUGACUUUGCCAAGAAACUGCCCAUGUUUUCAGAGCUGCCUUGUGAAGACCAGAUCAUCCUGCUGAAGGGUUGCUGCAUGGAGAUCAUGUCGCUGCGCGCCGCCGUGCGCUACGACCCCGAAAGCGAAACGUUGACGCUCAGCGGCGAGAUGGCCGUAAAACGUGAGCACUUGAAAAACGGCGGGCUCGGGGUCAUUUCGGACGCCAUAUUUGAUCUGGGCAAAAGCCUGGCACAGUUCAACUUGGACGACUCCGAGGUGGCACUGCUGCAAGCUGUGCUGCUCAUGAGCUCAGAUCGGUCGGGGCUGAUGAGCAUGGAGAAGAUCGAGCGGAGCCAGGAGGCCUUCCUGCUGGCGUUCGAGCACUACAUCAACUACCGUAAGCACAACAUUCCCCACUUCUGGCCAAAGCUCUUGAUGAAGGUCACGGACCUGCGGAUGAUCGGCGCCUGCCACGCCAGUCGCUUCCUCCACAUGAAGGUUGAGUGUCCAAACGAACUCUUCCCGCCACUCUUCCUGGAAGUCUUCGAGGACCAGGAAGUGUGACAUCUCGCCCCACCGCUUCGGGGUCGCCAGUAAAGGAAGCGUCGGCCAUGGAUGAACGUCAUAGGAAAGACUGGAUUUUGUUUUCAUUUGUGAGAACGUGCCCUGUUCAUUUUUCAGUUGUGUAUUUGCCCAUUUCUGUCAAACACAAGACUUGACCUUCUGCCACCAGCAAACUCUCAUCAGCAUCAUGAAACAGAAACCCAGGUGUUCUACAGCUGGUAGUGUUUCAACACUAUGCCAUAAACGUGCAUCUAUAUGCAAAUCCAAAUUGCAUCUAUGAGGAGGCCUGGACUGGUGUCACACCUAAUGCAAACUGUGGGGCUUUGCUAGCGGCACACCUUAGUGAAAUCUCAAGCACCUGUCUUCGAGGGUUUUUUCUUGUCCUGGGCCUGACAACCGGCACUUCUGACAAUCCCCAACAACCAUCCCGCUGACCUCCCACCUCCCCGACAUCUCCAAGAGCAUAAGCUUCCACUUUCAAUCCACUGUGGCCCUGAGAGUGUUCGUCAACCUACCUCCGUCACACAAACCUUCACACUAAGAAACACACUCACAGAAUGUACAUGCACAAAAAAAACAAAAAAACAGUGUUACCUCAUUUCUUGUCAAAUGUAUUUCUUUAUUUAUAUUUGGUGGGGACGGAGGGGCCAGACGUAGUUGAGUUAGAGGAUAUGGAGCCAUGCACCCCACAGUUACCCAUAUGCUACUGACAACUGCUGAGAGAACAGCUUUGUUUCAAACACUAAUCUAUAAAACAUUAUUUGUACUACAAGUCUUAUAGCCGAGGGCACUACAGCAGUAGUGUCGUCACAUCCAGUGUGUCACCAGAUGUGUUGAACAUCGCAGUGCAUUCUGGCAGCACUAAACUGUGAGUAUGUAUAGAGUCAGUCUGGGCAGAUAAAACGGUUACAAAGUGCAGAAACUCAACAUCGCAGUUCACGACUCCUUCCUCUGUUCGCUGAUUGGCCCUGUUGUUAUUCACCCUGAGAAAUCAAAGCCAAUGGGAGAAAUCCCUGAGUGGAGAUGAGAAUUGAGUGGAAAUGCAUAGGAAGGCAACGGCCAGCUUCUUCAGUCUUUUGGGCUUCACUUGCAAAGGUUCUCAGAUCAUAUUUACAUAUUUUUAGGGCUACGAACAAAUUUGUUUAUAUAUGCAUAUCCCAAUUGGUGCGAUUUAUGAUUUCCAAGCAAAUAAUCUGAAUAAAUGUGUAGCCUAUUCGUCUGAAACUUUAGAGAUCUAUCUCCUUUAUUCUCAUUGAUGAAAUAUUUAAACAAUUACAAUAACACAUGGAGUGCUUUGUGUUGUUUUCUACACAUUUCUAUGUGGUAAUCACAGCUUAUGUGUGACUUUUGUUAGUGAUUUUGGUAACUUUCUCACUUUGGCUGUUUUUAGUUGAUUUUCAAGAUUUUAUCUAAUUUUAUUGACACAAUUUUGCUUAUCACCACAGUCUGUGUCCCAGUAAAGAAAAUAUGUAAAAUUAUGCAAAAUAACAAUCUUUAUUGUUUUGCAUAAUAAAUAGUAUGUUAUUAUGCAAAAAAAAUGCAUUUUUUUUUUGCAAAACAAAUUAUGCAUUUUUUCUUAAUAAAUGAAGGAAAAAAUAACUGCUUAAAAAAUUAUCUGAAAUUGUGCACCAUUCAAUUCAAAAAGACGUUUUUGAUCCCGAAGAGAAAUUAAAUGUUAUUGUAACUCAUAUUCAUUCAAAUUCUUCAGAGAUAUUGUAAACUGUGAUGGUUGCUGGCAGGAAGGAUCCCCUGUAGCAGUCUGUAUUACAUCAAAUUUGAAGAAGCCUCUGACUAAAGACACUCUCAUGGUCUUAGUGAAAGCACUACCAGCCCCAAAUUUAAUCUUGCAAAUGACCUCAGCGUGUAGCAGUCAGCUGAUUUCAUUUUCUUUCUUUGACAGACAGAAAUUAGAGACGAGGAAACUCUGGAAAACUUCUUGAUCAAAUCAAAGAGGAUUGGGUCGCUGUUGCCCAUCAACUCAUUGUCCUUCCAAACUUCAGCCUUUUCUUUACACUUUGAUCUCGUAGGUUGAUGACGAAGUCAGUGUGUUCACAGAAAGCACUAUUUUUAUUCAAAACAUCUCAAAGCUCUUCAGCCACUUCCAGCCCACGCAGGGUGUCUGCAUGUAGAAUACCUCACCCAACUCAGACCUCCUGAUUCUUCACCUCACAGACACACGUUCACUUUCCAGAUGCUUUUACUCUUUCUCAUUGGCUUCUGUUUUUAUUUUUGUAUUCCUUUCUGAUACGUUGUGGGAAGCAGCCUCUCAGUCUCAGUGUGUCCUCAUCUUGAAUCCCCUGGUCCGUUUCCAUCCUGGUGGAUGGUUGGUAGGGACCUGUCCCACCCCGUCUGCCCCCCACCCGACCCCUCUGCCCCCCACCCGACCCCUCUGCUUGUAACUGCCUGAAACCAACAGACUCUACCUCACCUCUCGUCUCCAUGGAGCCGCCUCUAGGAACCCAACACGAUCACAUCCGCCAACCUAACACACAUUUGGAGUUGUACGCCGUACGUCCCCACUGUGAACGGAGAAAUCAUUUGCACCCGGUUUGUUUUUCUAACUGCCCCCGUGGGACCAAGAGUCGCUCUGAGUUCAGGUUUUUCUUUCAGAACCUGAACUCGAUGGCGGCCUGGUGGUGAAGGACUGACGGUAAAAUGAAUGAACUUCAAAUAGACCGUGACAGUGCUCUGGCGGGUGGAGCCGUUUCGGCCCCGGUCGGGUCAGGAUUCUGACGGGUGACUCAGCAGUUUUUCAAAGCACAUGAUGGACUAAAUUCCUCCAUGGAGAAAGGAACAUCCGCGCCUCAGAAACCUGCAGGGAAAGAAACUCUGUGAACCACGUCUCUAGCUGCCAAUCACUACAAAAAAAAAACAACAACAAAAGACUUAUCAGGUUCCUUUUUUGCACUAAAACCACGCUGUCUGUAUCCUGAACCAGUCUGGACUCUUUUCCUCUCCGUCUUGUCCUCCUGCUGUUUUCGUCUUUCACUCCAUCCGGUGAUUCCGGACGAUGAGGCUUGGAGCGCGGCUGUUAGAUGUAAAAAGCUACAUGAGGUUUAGAGCUCAUCAUCGAUCCGCCGAGACGACGUUUGUUGGCACAUCUACGUAUGCUGCGGUUUGAGGAAAAGAAACCAUCAUCAUCCUUCCACUUCCUGUCUUCUUCUGUGUCGUUUUCGGCAGUAGUACCAUCGGUUACUGUUGAUCACGUGACUUUUGCGAUGUCGAGAAAAGUGUUUCCAUUGAAGUUUUGCAGAGUUGCAAAGUUUGAUACGGCCGAAAAAAAUCACCACAUCUCGUCUCAAAAGCUUUUUGUCGAAGAACACAAGUUGUUUCUUUUUUUCUUCUUCCAAAAUUUGCGCAGUUUUACGGUUAAUGAAGCGCAGCUGCUGAUGCUAAUCUACGUUGUGGCUCAUUUGACAUGCACUCACAAACACACACACACACACACACACACACACACACAGAAAGCGGAAGAAGUUAAACUGAUCCACACCGUCUUGGUAUCACUGAGUGAGCGCCGUCACACACACACACACACACACACACGCAGACAGCUGCCCUGUCGCUCAUCCUGAUAUGUUCAUGUGCCUCACAUGGGUGCAUUAUUACACUUCGUAGUGCUUGCAGAAAUAGUCAUACAGCUAAUAACUCUUUCACGAUUUUGUUGCAUUACAACUAGAAACAUCGAUGUGUUUCACUGGGUUUCAUUUGACCAGCACCAAGUUUCACAUGAUGGAGGUGAAAGUUUGACAUUUUUUUGAAAAAUCGGAAAUAAGUCGCACCUAUUUGAACAUUUGGGGAAACGCCGAUAUCCAGUAUUUAUGUUGCUGUUGCAGCUGAUAUUUGACAUCAUUAAACCGUGUUCCAAAUGAUUAUGCACGUGAUAUUUUCCCAGGUUUUCUCAAACGUUCAUUGCAAAUGAUGGUCAGUAUAAUUUUCAAGUCAUGAACUAUUACAGUAUAAAUCAAAAUUUACUGAACAAAGCUUCCCAUGAGAAAUUACUAGAGAAAUUAUAUAGAAAAAGUAUUAACUAUGCACAAUUACCUGCCAGUCCGUGGCUAAACAAACACAUCCCCACAGCAUGACGCUGCCACCACCGUUAUUUUCAGAACCAUUUUAUUUGUGUUGGUCUGGACAAUAAACUCCCAGUAAAGUACUUUAGAAAUGUUUGGUUGCAAUAUGAUAUGGGACAAAGUAAAAAAAUAAAAAGUAUGAAUGUUUUUGCUGUGGACUAUAUGUAGUAUACAUAUAAAUAUCUGUAAAUAUUUAAAGCGACAUAUAUACAUAUUUAUAUAUUUCUAUGCACUCAGGCCCAUUCAGAUGAUUUCACCAGGUGACAAAAGUCCGGAUGAAAAUCAGCAGCGUUUCUCUCCGGCUGACAUGACCACGCUCGUUUGACUCGUGGAGAUUACCAAGUAACCUUCUCAGUCCGCCGACCUUUGACCCCGCCUGCAGAUCGAGCCGUCUCUCUCCACUCCUUUCUUUUUUCUUUUUUUUUUUCUUCUCUUCUUUUUGCUUUUUGCUGAGUUCGAGGGUCAGCGCUCCCCGGCGGUGAUGCAGAUGUGAGCUGACAGCGCCAAACGGUCGGCGGAGGGAAACCACAGCAGCACUCUGGAGUCCAGAGCCCAGCUCUGUCUUUAAUUUGACAUAAAAAUGAUAACUCACUCCAACCCAGGAUGACUUUACAACCUUUAAAAUGAAGCCUCAGAGCAAAUCAGGUGUUUGUUUGUUGUUGAGGUUUUUUUUUUCACUUUUGCAAAGGGAGAAUUGUGAUUUCUCUCCCUUGUGUUUACAGUCGUCCAAACUGUGAAUCGGAUCCUAAUCUCUGCCACUGCACCAAACCGUAACGGCUGAGGCGUUCUCCUCCUGACUUACCCAGGAGAAACGGUUCUGUCUCUAGCUGCGUCUGUCCUGCACCGUCCUCCUGUCCUCUGUCUGUGUUCUGCCCACCGCGCUCCUCUGAGCUCUCAUUGGUGGAGGAAGAUAUGACAAUCCCUGCAGGAGUGUGUCUCCAUGUGGAAUGUAAAAUACUGCAAUAUUGUGAUUAAAGACACAUUGUGAAAUCUU